GUUCCUCUUACAAGAGACAAUUUUUCAUUUUUUUAUUUAAUAUAUCAAAACUGUCUCUUUGAUAUGUAAAAAAAAUACACGUCUCUUUGUAAGAGGAAUAGCAAAAACAUCGCAGCAGCACGCAUGUGUAACUGCAUAUAGUUUUAUCCUUCGAACAUUCCAAUCCAGUGGUUUCUCUGUUGUAGCCACGUGUUCUUUCUCAUUUCCUCUCCUUCAUCAUUCUCCUUCUCUAAUAGUCUCUCUCUCUUCAUCAUUGUUUGUAUACACACACUGUCCAAUCUUGUUUGAUGCCUUCUCCUUUACGUCAAAAACCGGUUUCAUUCUUCUCUUCUAUUCCGCGGAUAUUUUUAGCUUGAUUAAGAUUUCAAAAGAACGAUGUCGUCGUUUAAGAAAUUGAGAGAAAGUAUACUUGAAAAAAAAUUAUCUCCAGAAGAGCAGCAGAUCAAGAUCGGAGAAGUCAAAAAGAUAAUCGGUCCAAUUGCUGAUAAGUUCCCGACAAUAUGUUCGGAUGCAUCAGUGCUAAGGUUUCUUAAAGCAAGAAACUAUAAUACUAUAAAGGCUGCUAGGAUGUUGAGAGGCACCAUUAAAUGGAGGCUGGAGUUCAAGCCUGAUAAGAUUCGAUGGGAUGAUGUAGCUCGAGAAGCUUUGAUCGGAAGGCUGUAUAAAGCUGAUUACUUGGACAAGCAAGGAAGGAUUGUUUUUGUUAUGAAAGCUGGAAUUCAGAGUACAAGUGCGUCAAUCGUACAGAUCAAGUACCUCGUUUACUGUUUGGAGAAUGCCAUAUUGAAUAUUAGUUCCUCCACACAAGAACAGAUGGUUUGGCUAAUUGAUUUUCAAGGGUGGAGCGCAUCGUGUGUAUCAUCAAAGGUCACCCGAGAUACUGCUCAAGUCCUGCAGAAUCAUUACCCUGAAAGAUUGGGCCUUGCAGUCUUUUACAAUCCGCCAAAAUUGUUCCAGUCAUUUUGGACGAUGGUGAAACCAUUUCUUGAACCAAAGACUUACAGAAAAGUGACAUUUGUUUACCCUGACAACCCGAAAAGCCGAGUGAUGAUGGAAGAACUCUUUGACAUGGACAAGCUAGAAUCCUGUUUUGGUGGAAAGAAUACAGCUAAAGUGAACUUUGAAGCUUAUGGUCAAAAUAUGAGAGAAGAUGACAAAAGGAUGACUGCUUUCAUUGAUUCUGGCUGUUCAACUCCUAGCUUUUAUAGCUCAGAAGUUAAUGAAGCACUUCAAUCAAGGAAUGAUUCUGAGGAUGAAUCAUCUGGUAAUGAAGCAGUUUAUUCAAACUUGGAGGAAGAUGAUGAGGUUCAUCAUGACAGAAAUGAAUGAAGAACUGAACCAAAAGAACACUAACAGUGUCAAUUAUGUUAUUCAAAAUUUAUCAAACCAAUAAGCCAUGUAAUGUUUGGUUUUAAAGUGAUUUCUGCAUUCUUGCUUUUACCAAUAGUUGAUAGGAGUAAUUGAUAAAAUCUACUACCUCUGCUCUAAAUAUAUGAUCUCUUUUGAGUAAAUUAAGGAGAUUAAGAAAGUUGAUUGUGAUAUUAAAUUUGUUGACAAUUGAUAUUAUUUUUACAA